AUGUCAAACAACCAAGCACAAGAAGAACAUAUCGUUUACGAGGAGAAACACAUAACUACACAGUCAGUGGAGGAGAAGCAUCUUGAUGAUGCUCACACUGUGUAUAGUGAUGAGGAAAAGUCUAAUGAAAUGACACCGGAACUGGUUGCUGCUGAAAAGAGACUCGUUUGGAAGUUGGAUUAUCUUUAUGUCAUGCCUUGUGUUGCUAUCCUUAAUUUCUUGCAGUUUUUCGAUAAAUCCGCACUGAAUUAUUCCAGCGUCUUGGGUAUCAAAGAAGAUACUGGUAUCAGUAAUGCUCAAUUCGCUUGGCUAGGCUCCAUAUUUUAUCUUGGCUACUUGCUGUAUCAGGUACCAAAUACUUACUUGAUUCAAAGAUUGCCUAUUGGCAGAUACAUUGGUGCCCUCAUUAUUAUCUGGGGCGUCGUUCUUACAGUAACAUGUAAGGCCAAGGACUUUUCUCAGUUAGCUGCUCUCCGUUUCCUGCUUGGCUUCUUUGAGGCUGGUAUCUAUCCAUGCUGCAUCAUGAUCGUCAGUUCCUUGUAUCGCCGUUCCGAGCAAGCUGGUCGCAUUGGCUGUGUCUACAUUUGUAACGGUAUUGCUAUGGCUAUCGGUGGUCUUGUUGGUUACGGUAUCGGCCACAUGAUGGGUGUCCAUGGUAUGAAUGCCUGGCAGUGGAUUAUGAUCAUUUUGGGUGCUGUCACCAUCGUCUUUGGCCUCUUUUGUUUCUUUUUGCUGGUGGACAAUCCCAAAUCAAAGUUCCUUAAAUUGACGCCUGCUCAAAAGAAGGUCGUUGAACUUCGCACCAUUGACAAUGCUACUAUCAUCACCAAGGAAAUCAAAUGGCACCAUAUGGUUGAAUCUCUCAAGGAGCCUCGCUACUACUGUUUCAUCUUUGCCUCCCUUCUCUUCAAUCUUCAAAAUGGUGCACUAAACACAUUUAGUGCUAUUAUCACCGCUGGGUUCGGAUUCUCGAGUUUGAAUGCCAUCCUGCUCACUAUCCCUUCAGGUGUAGUUGAUUGUAUCUACAUUGCCUUUGCCAUUUGGUACAAUCGCAAGUAUGGCAACACUCUUCAUCUUGCCUGUAUCAUGCUUGGUAUCUGUAUUCUUGGUCUCAUCUUACUCAUUGUCAUUCCUGUUCCUCAGGUUAAGCUCGUUGGUCUCUACAUGUGCUGGUCUUUCUGUGCUGGCUAUGUUCUCUUCUUAACUGCUUUGGCUAACAACGUAUCUGGUUAUACCAAGAAGAUCUUCUACAGCAGUUCCGUUAUGGUAUUUUACACCAUUGGCAACUUUGCUGGACCUCAAAUGAUUGUCGAUAGCCAGAAACCACUGUACCUGGGUGGCAUGAUCGGCUAUAUUGCCGCUGAUGCGAUCUGUAUUGUCUUGUUACAAAUUGCCCGUUAUACCAUGGCUAAAUCCAACAAACAACGUCUCGAAAAUCCUGCUAAGGAGAAGAUCGAUCCUACUCAAGAUUUAACUGACAAAGAAAACCCCCAUUUCCUUUAUAGACUUUAA